CCCUCGGCACACCCUCGGCACCCAACGCAUUGCAUCGCAUUGCAUCACAUCUCAUGCACCAUCGCUCUAGGAAUUGUUGUUGCACUUCGAAUUCCAUCGCGGCAAGAAGACUUGUGUUUCGUAACGUACCAUUGUUCAAUUUACAUGGGGUCUGGUCCGAGCGUGAUUGCCGCAGAUUCCUCCAGCAGCAGCAACGACAACAGCAACAACCACGGUAACAACAACAACAACAACAACAACAACAACAACGAAGAUUGCGAUUCGCAGAAUCACUGCAGCAGCGAAAGGACGAAUUCCAAGAAACGAAGAAGAAGCAGCAGUAGCAACAGCGAAAACGCCCGGGAAGAAAGUUCGCCACAGAAAACAGAACGAAUUUCUCCCMAGCGACGCCGAAUCUCGGACGCCAACAGCUCGGAGCCUCAAACUAGCAACGSUACAAGUUUCGAAACCACCGACGAAAGGAUGGCGGACCAAAGCAGCAGCAGCAGCAGCAACAACGGCAAYGAAGACGAAACCCUGACAGCGCUCCGGAACGAUCUCGAAGAGGUCGAGCGGGGCCUCAACCAGCGGCUCGGGAUUUUGUUUUCGGGGUUUGGAACGAGGAGCUUUUCCGAAAACCCCGGCGAAACCACCACCGGCAACAACAACGACGACGACGACGAAAACGAAAACUACGGCAGCAACCAGCAGCAUUCCAAUGGCGGGCGGGCCCUCUUUGACUCCAUCGGAAGCGCCCUGGGGAACAUUCGCGGGCGUCUCCAAGUGCUGACCGGGAGCGUUUCCGGCAACGAAAGCAGCGGGGACAAUGACAAUGGCAGCCAACAGCAGGAACAGGAACAGGAACAGCACUCGACGACGGCCUCCRCCGCAUCGGGAGAGGCCCGCGAUUCGCCUUCCCCGCCAUCGCCAUCGCAGUCGCCGUCGCCGUCGCCGUCGCAGUCGCCAUCGCCCCCGAUCGAGGAGUCGAUCCGGGCCCUCUCCCGGCGCCUCGAAACCGCGGAGCGCUCCCAUUCCACCCGGAUUCCCCUCGGCCUGCUGGUGACGCGGGAGGGGGCCGAUCCCGCGGAAGCAUCCCCGGGACGGGAAAGCACGGCGGUGCCUCCUGCCACGCCUCCACCGGGGGAUCGCCGAUCGAUGCACCGCCGGUCUUCCUCGUUUUUGCUGGCCAGCCGCCGGGGAAACCGGGACGACCGCCCUUCCUCCUCGCCGUCUCCGUCCGCGUCGGCCCCCGACGCCCGCAAYGCCAUGCUGCUUGCCGAUGCUUCCUUUUCUUCCAGCCGCACCCUGGCGGCCUCGAUCCGAUUGGCGGAGGGUUCUUCCCUCCCGACGCUCGUCGAGAGAUCCUCGUCGGCCUCCCCGCGGGCCCGGGGGGACACGCGAUACGACACCGAACCGYCGGUGGAACGAGACGACGUUGGCGGCGACGACGACGACGACGAGCAGGACGCCGAUUCCGUCGGCGCGAAUCCGGAGAAGCUCCUCCUGCCGGACUCGGCACGGACCUCCCUCGCCGGCGAUCUGGCGCCGGGAACCAAGAGCAUUCACAGGAGGGGGAGCGGCAUGAUGAGGGUCCUGUCGCAGGACCUCAUGCUCCGGUUUGCUUCCGCUACGGAAGACGACACGGACGAAGAAGAAGACCGGCAAGGACACGACUCCAAAACGACCGACGGCGACAACGACGAGAAACCAGAAGUUGGUCUAGCUACUGCCACUGCCACUGCCACUGCCGCUGCUUCGAAACCAGAGUUGUAUGUCUGGGGUUCUCUGUCAUUCAAACACGCGAGCAGUGCGCUCGGCGACGAGGAGGAGGAUCCCGAUUCUUCCAAGAGCCAAAGCAGCCAAACGAGCUAUCGAUUCUUUGGAACGGAAGCCGAGAUCCCGGAAAGCAACAGUGCCCCCGCUUCGAGUCCCAGGCUUGUUCCUUCUUCCACCCGACUGGGUCGUUCCAAAAUAGUUUCCAUGGAUGCUUCAGAAAACCAUUGCGCUUUCGUGACGUCCUCUGGGCGGCUAUUGAUCUGCGGAAACAACAAGGAGGGCGCCGUCGACCCGUCGGCUCGACACAGCGGUGCUCCCUUCAUCKCCCGGCCGACCCACCUCGAAACCGGGCUGGGGAUGAACCGGAUCCAAACCGUCGCGUGUGGGAAGCACCACACGGCGGUAGUCACCGAAACCGGUACCGUCCUCACCUGGGGGUCCAACCACUACGGCCAGCUCGGACACCGAAGGGCCAGAUGCGGCAGCAGCAGCAACGACAAAAGCACCGGCUUUUGCUAUCCCAAGGCCUUUGUCAUGGCCGGCCGCAACGGCGUUGCCGCUUUCGCAAAGCGAGCCGCGAGCGUGGCGUGUGGCGAGAAACACACCCUGGUGCUGACCACCCGCAUGGAGGUCUACGUGUGUGGAGGAGAAAGCAUCGACAACCUGCGGCAAAGCUCCAGCGAAGCCGACGGAUCCCCGCCCGUCUUUCCCAUGCCCGGGCAAAACCCCGCCCUCCGGGGGCUUCCCCUCGUGGGAAUCGCCUCGGGACCAAGCCAUUUCGUGGUUUGGACCGCCCACGGGACGGCCUUUGCCUGGGGCACCAACAAGGCCGGGCAGUGCGGACGGGAAUUCCCCCGURCCCUCGCAACCCCCGUUCCAAUCGGGGUCCCCCGGAGCUCCCUCACGCCAAAGGCGGCCUCCUCCCUCGUUCUGGUAUCCGCCUCGCUCGAAAACUGGAACCGAUGGGGCCCCACYGGUGCCGGGGGGAACGAACCGGUCCUGGGUCUCGCCAGCGACGUCCGCGUCGUCGAUGCAGCUUGCGGAAGGAACCACACCGUUUUGGUGACGGAAUCGGGAAGGCUCCUGGUGUGCGGGUCCAACGAUUGCGGGCAGCUGGGGAUUGCCCCCAACGAAUCGUUGGCGAGCGGCACCCGGUCCUGCCCCGGGGUCCAACCGGUGGAGCACCCGGAUCCGGAGCGAAGGUUCGAGUGCGUGGAAGCCGGGACGAGCCAUUCCGUAGCUCURGACGACGCUGGUUGCGUCUGGCAAAUCGGAAACGGCGAACAUCUGAUCCAAAGAGUUUCCUUUUUGUCGCACCGGGACCCACCGGAAUCUUCGCCACCCGUGUCCUCCAUUGCUUCCGGGGGAUCCAUGCACUUUGCGAUUUCCAGAGCCGUUGCCGGCAGCGAUCUAGCGACCCCUGGAGAGCCAUGCACGAUGCCCUCCAUGCCCGGUUUGAACGAUCUGAUGGAGGCCGUCCGCGCGGAAGAAGGAAGCAUCCAAGAGAAGAACGGUGCCGGUCCCAGCAGCCAUCGGUCCUCGAGGGAGGAUUUGGCCCGACGAACCGAAGAGCUCUUUCGAUCGCCCGCUGUUAUGAACAGCCUGUUUAUGGAUCCGAGGGAAAUCGACGGUAUGUACCAGACUCUCAUCUGCGGCAGCCAGACGCGCGAGGUCCGGCAGGCGAUGGCGUCUUCCAUCGAAACAGGCAUGCUCAUGGGAUUGAAGUCGACCGUGGAUUCGCGGCUGAUGUAUUUCGAGUCGGUUCGUUUCUUGCUCUUGUACUUGCAAUGCCCGAUCUGGCGAGACGAAACGAUACGUGAAAGCAAUGCUGAUGACGACAAAGAGAAUGAGCCGGCAAUUGUAUUCGAUGCCCGUGGCGAUUUGCUCUUCUUGCUGUGCGAAACAAUUCUUGGGCUGCCCUUCGAAGGAUACAAGGCCUUUUUGGCGUGGAGUGCUACCGUCUACGGCGAAGAGCUCUUUGUUCCAUUUUUGGUCAGGCCACUGGUGCACCAACUCAACCACAGGCUUGUCAAGAACAUCACGCACGGAGUUCCCAUGAUAGCUGGCGUGUUGCUCUGGCUACACACGGUCAACGAGCGAUCCGAUUCCCGCUUGGCACGAGCCGAGGAUUUCCAUUGYUCAGGCCUCGAGAACAUGCCUACGGAGGCCUUGUUCGAGGACCUCGCGAAGUACCACACGGCAUCCGACGGGGAACGAUCUAGCAACUUUUUCCUUGCCGCCCAUCCGUUUUUGAUGGCACCGACGGUCAAGCAACAGCUUCUCCAGGUAGAGCACCAAAUGUCUAUGGUCCAGGCCGCACAGGCAGCUGGUGUGUCCUUCGAUCAGAGGACCCGCCAAUUCGAGUUCAAGCCCUACUUUGUGCUGGCCAUCGACCGGAAAUAUCUGCUGCCMCAAACGCUGGAUGCAGUGGCAAAAGCUUCGACGGGUGAGUUGCGAAAAAGCCUUAAGGUGGUGUUCAAGGGAGAAGACGGCAUCGAUGCCGGUGGCGUCACGAAGGAAUUCUUUCAGCUGCUGUGCGAAAAAUUGUUCGACGUCAACACGGGUAUGUGGACCAUCUCGGAACACAACGAGACCUGGUUCAACCCGGACUGCAGCUGGAAUGGCGACGGAUUUUAUUUGGUGGGGGUUCUUUGUGGUCUAGCGGUAUACAACAGCGUGAUUCUGGAUGUUCACUUCCCCCACGCGAUAUAUCGCAAACUGCUUGGUCUCGAUUUGGGUCUUGAAGACUUGAUCGACAAAGAUGUUCGCAAGGGUCUCCAGAGCCUUUUGGACUACGACGGAGACGGUGUGGAACACAUAUUCUGUCUCAACUUCGAAGUCUCCUGGAUGGAGUACGGGCAAGAGCGAAAGAAAGAACUGAAACCCGAAGGCUCCAACAUUGCCGUCACCUCCGACAACAAAGAAGAGUACGUGAUGCUUUAUGUAAAAUGGCUCUUGGUCGAUAGCAUAGCAUCGCAGUACAACGAGUUUGAAAGAGGCUUCAACCAGGUCAUGGCGGACUCGAGUCUAGAUAUCCUGACCGCAGAUGAACUGGAACUCCUGGUUACCGGGACGCCCGUAUUAGAUUUUCGGGCUCUCGAACAAUCCUGCGAGUACGAAGGCGGGUUCGAUCCAGAUUCGGCGGUGGUCAAGAAUAUCUGGAGAUGGGUUCAGUCGGCAACGCUUAGCACGCAAGAAAAAUUCCUUAGAUUUUGUACCGGGUCCAGCAAGGGUACGAAUGCUAUAACACAUGGAAUGCAUUGCACAAUCUCUGUUUGUCACAGUCGCCUUCCUCAUCACAAUUUUUCUCCUAUUUCCUUUCCAUUUACGACAGGACCCAUUGGUGGACUUGGGAAAAUGCCGUUUAAGAUCCAAAGGUACGUGAAAAGAUAUAUAUGUCGCACAGUUCUUAUUUAUUGUGUGUUUUUUUUUUAAAAGAAAUCGAACAUUCUUUGGCCAACCAAAGUUUUUGCCUAUUUGUUUCGCAAUCUUUCAYGUGUUUUGGUACCGAUGGAACAACAGAGCGGGUCCUGAUUCACCUCAAUUACCGACCUCCMAUACGUGCUUCAAUACGCUGAUUAUACCAGAUUAUGGUGAUGAUUACGACAAGUUGACCGAGCGAUUAGGCAGAGCCGUUAUCGAAUGCGAAGGUUUUGGUUUGCAAUGAUAGAUUCGAUCACAACUAAGCGUAAAACAUGUGCAAUAAGAUGCUGUUCAACCC